CGGGGCUUCCGCUUCUUAGCUCAGAGAUGGCGGCGACAGCGGCGGAGGCUGCUGGUUCGGUUUCUGGAGAGCUCCGGGAGGAGGCCGAAGCCCCAGGCCCGGCCUGGGAUGAAUCUCAGUUGCGCAGUUAUGGUUUCCCGACCCGACCCAUCCCACGUCUGAGCCAGAGCGACCCCCGGGCGGAAGAGCUCAUCGAGAAUGAGGAGCCUGUGGUGCUCACUGACACAAAUCUUGUGUAUCCUGCCCUGAAAUGGGACCUUGGAUAUCUGCAAGAGAAUAUUGGCAAUGGAGACUUCUCUGUGUACAGUGCCAGCACAUAUAAGUUCUUAUACUAUGAUGAGAAGAAGAUGGCUAACUUCCAGAACUUUAAGCCGAAGUCCAACCGACAGGAAAUGAAAUUUCAUGAGUUCGUUGAGAAACUGCAGGAUAUACAGCAGCGUGGAGGAGAAGACCGGUUGUAUCUCCAGCAAACUCUGAAUGACACUGUGGGUAGGAAGAUUGUCAUGGACUUCUUGGGUUUUAACUGGAACUGGAUUAAUAAACAACAGGUAAAGCGUGGCUGGGGGCAGCUGACCUCUAACCUGCUGCUCAUUGGCAUGGAAGGAAAUGUGACACCUGCUCACUAUGAUGAGCAACAGAACUUCUUUGCUCAGAUAAAAGGCCAUAAACGAUGUAUCUUAUUCCCUCCGGAUCAAUUUGAGUGCCUCUAUCCAUACCCUGUCCAUCACCCAUGUGACAGACAGAGCCAGGUGGACUUUGACAAUCCUGACUACGAGAGGUUCCCCAGUUUUCAAAAUGUCGUUGGUUAUGAAACAGUUGUUGGUCCUGGUGAUGUUCUUUACAUCCCAAUGUACUGGUGGCAUCACAUAGAGUCAUUAUUAAAUGGAGGGAUUACCAUCACCGUGAACUUCUGGUAUAAGGGGGCUCCCACUCCUAAGAGAAUUGAAUAUCCUCUCAAAGCUCAUCAGAAAGUGGCUAUCAUGAGAAACAUUGAAAAAAUGCUUGGAGAAGCCUUGGGGAAUCCACAAGAGGUGGGCCCCUUGUUGAACACAAUGAUCAAAGGGCGAUACAACUAGCCUGCCAGGGGUCAAAGCUUCCUGCCAGGUGACUGCUAUCCCGUCCACACUGCUUCGUUGAUGAGGACAGGAGACUCCAAGCACUAGUAUUGCACGCUGCACUUCAAUGGACUGGACUCUUGCCAUGACCCUGGAGGCAGGUGUUUGGGGCAAGGCAAGGGUAGCUGGUACUCCAAUCCUAUUUUGAAAGACUUCUCACCCUUGCCUCUUGUGCCCCAACACUUUCCUUCUCUGCCUCCCGAAAGUCCUGCAUCCAGUGUGUGGAGUCCUAGCUUCUGAUUGUCAUUAUGUCCCUCUGUGUUAGUCUGUCAACCUUGGGUUAUAUGAGUGUAUGCAUGUGUGCAUAUGUGUGCACACAUACAUGCAGGUAUGUAGUUGAUCUUUGUUCCCUCCUCCUGGGUCAGGAUGUCACUUCUGGCUCUUAGACCUAUCUCCUGUAGCCUCAGUGCCUCAGCCUGAGAGAGAGGAUAUGCUCCUACACUCCCACUGCUUCUGGACUGCAGAGCCAAAGCAGUUUGUCCAUUAGGUCAGUCUGCUCCAGCCAGUUUUUACAUUCAGACUGCAGGCCAGAUAGGAAUGGCUGUUGAGACUCUACUGGGGAGAUGAAAGGGAGGUUUACCUUUGGGAGCCUAGAUAGCUAUCUAGUGGAAGAGGACUGGACAGGAUUCCAGCUGGGACCUACACUCUUAAGCCAUACAUUGAAAGGAACCUUGGGACAUAAGAACUAAGAAUUGUGCUUAUGUUCUAAGUUGUGGACACAUACAGCUUUUCUUUUCUAGCACCAGCUCUUGCCCCUGUACUAUCAAGAGAGUUAGCAUGGCUAGGGAUGUUAACCUCUUUGUGCACACAUGCACGUGUGCACUCAUUUGCACAUGUGUAUGUGUGGGUGUGUCCAAACUAGCCAGCUUCCUGCUUACCAAGGUUCUUCACUUGCUUACCUUGUCCAGUGUGACAAUACGGUUUGAGUCCCUGGAUACUACAGCUUUUUAACUCAGAUUUUAGCUAUUCUGUAUUAGUCAGGUCUCAUUGCAACCUGCCUAAGGCUGACAGGCAGUAGCCUCCAGAUCUUAUCCCUCUUGUCCAGGCCAUGUCUCCUACUGCUGCUGAGCUUUUUGGCUGAGUAGAUCAAAUGGGGUCAAGCUUAGGCAGCUAACUCACUACCUUUUAUCCCCCAUGGGGCAAGGGCAGAAACACAUCUUUGCCUAUUAAAGCCAGCGCCUCUGCCAGACCCCACUGUGAUGUUCUUCUACACCCUCAAAAGGGUAACUGGUAGAACAUGAAAGGAGAGUUUCCUUUUCUGUUAGUAACUACUCAUGGGAACCCUUCUCAGGGCUGCAUCUUACAGCUGGGCAGCUAAGUAUUGCACAACUCAGAGGGCCAUCAUUCACAUCUAUUCAGUGGGGUAUUUGGGGCCCCCAGGAAGAGAGGCGGCCCUUUGUCUAUUAACUUCCAAUCCGUUCUCCAUCAUCCAUUGGAAGUCCCUCCAAAGGUUUACUUCUGAACUGUGGCUCUCACGUGUGAAGUUCCAUUUACAGUGCCCUGAUGGACUGAAAAGAUGCAUGUGUAUGUGUGUGAGCACCUGUGUGUGUAUUUGGGGUAUGUGUGUUCAUUUUAGUGCCCCAUUCUGGGGUUCUCUGAUAUAGUAUGGAUUUACAAACCCAGUACCUUCUCAAGUAUAGCUGUUUAAAAUACAGCCAAUGCUGGGAAAUGUGAUUACAGUGAACUCCAUGCCUCCAUUUCUUUCAGGAAAGAGGAGUGCCACAAAGAGCAGGGCAGAUGAAAGAUAAACUUGGCCACGGUCACAUUGGAAAGCUAGAUUAUCUUUGUUCUCAACAAGUGUGCUGCCUUUCUGCUCAACUCUCAGAAUUGUAGGUGAUACACAACAGGGUGCUAUGGAUUGGUCUUUACAAAGAAGAAUGCUGACAGGCUUGCUGUAAGGUGGCUGAGGGGAGGAAGAAGGAAAGAAGGCUGAGACCUUCACAGCGUCAGUCCUAAUCCUUAGAUAAUACAGCAGCAAUUCCUGAUUUUUAGAUACAUAAUAUGUGCCUAGUGCUUUUAUCUCUCUUCCUUACUGUCAUGCAAGGUAGGUUUCCCACUUCACCAAUGAAGAAAUAAGCUCAAAGAGAUUUAGUGAUUAGUAGCAACCAAGUGAUAUUUGCAACACCUCAUCCUCCUUUUCCACCAAACUCCCCAUCUUCCCUUGAUUCCUUGUUCUCAGGCUUCAGUCAGUGUCUGCAGGUGAGCUAAGACUAAGGGUACAGGAAGUCCUUCUGCGCUCCACUAAAGACACCUGGUAAAACUGCCUGAGAAACCAUAUAACAAGCUAAGCGUGCUGGGGACCAUUGUGUGGGAUGAAAUUCCAGGUCCCUGUGCUUUGCUGACAACAUCCAGGAGCUCCUCCUAGCAGAUCUCUGCAUCAGAGUUAAAAUUCCAGUUCUAGAUGUAAGAGCUUUGGUUUACAUUCUGUUGGGUCACUUACCCCAGGGAAGAGAUGGAAGUGCUCCACCUACCUGGAGUUAGGGUGGUUGCGGCUCAAAUUGUGCUUGCAGCGGAGGAAAUGUUGCUGUAACUCUUACCCCAUGUCCCAUUCAUUACCCCAUCCAAGCUAGCGAUAUGGCAGUCAGAUGUGACUUGGACCUGUCUUCAGGUCAGCCAUAUUGCAAGCUCCUAUUUCCACAUCAGGUACAAUAUAAACUACUGUUUUGUGAAAUCAAAUAUUUGUUGGGGUGGGGUGGGUGUUGGAAUUCUGGAGGAGGAGGGGCUGUUCUGGGCAUCCGUUGAGCAGAUGCCCAAGAUGCCUGGGGGAGACCAGCUUCCCCUACAAAUCAGAGCUCUAAAUUACAAGGUUUUUACCAACGCGAACAGUUGGGGGAAGUCGUCUGCUCUCAUUUGCGUAAUGGUUUCUGUCACUGGUGAUUAGACACAGGAUGAAGGAAAAGAAAUUUGACAAUUAGGAAUGAGCGAUCAUUAAUCUGAAUCUGUUAGGAGACAGAAAGGGGAAUGAUCCUUCCAAUGGGCCAGCCCAGUAUGGGAAGACAUCCCUCCCUCCAUCCCCCAGAGACUCUUGGUUCAAAUAUUCUUUUCUGGUUUCCACAAGUGGGUGGAGCUUGUAUUUCUUCAAGGCAGCCUGAAGUGGAUACAGAAACAGACUUCUUUGGGAAAGAGCCAACAAAGAUGGGUGUCAAACACAAGCUUUAGGGCAUAGGUAAUAAUAGAGUAGUUUUUCCAUGUGUUUACUGUUUGUGGGAAAGUGUUUUCUGCUAGUCAACACUGAUGAUUCCCCACCUGUGACAAGUAUUUGUCAGCUUCCAGCACUACAGAGUUAAGAGAAAAGCCUGUGGGUUUUUUUUGUUUGUUUGUUUGUUUUUAAAUUAAACCAAACUCCAGGAGCUUCUGCUUGGAGAAGAACCCCGGUGGGAAACUG